UCCCUCUUUGGCUAUCACUAUCCCUCGAUUGCUUCCAAUUCCGUAAACCCUAGAAACACCAUUGUUGAGUCAAAUCUCUAUAAGGAAAAGCUUGAUACUGUCAAUUUACCAUGGCAGCCCCCGCCUCAACCAGUGUGGUUCCGGCAAACCGUACCGCCAGACGCGGUGGCAUGGCGAUGGAGGAUAAGCUCGAAUUCCUCACUACGGAGGGAGUUGAGCCCAUUCUCAGCUUCGAUCAAAUGGGCAUUAAGGACGAUUUGCUCAGAGGAAUCUACGGUUAUGGCUUUGAAAAGCCUUCGGCGAUCCAGCAACGUGCUGUCAGACCCAUUAUUGAAGGCCGCGACGUCAUUGCCCAGGCCCAGUCCGGUACUGGAAAAACCUCCAUGAUCGCUCUUACUGUCUGCCAGCUCGUCGACACUUCCACCCGAGAGGUUCAGGCAUUGAUCUUGUCACCGACAAGGGAGUUGGCAUCUCAAACUGAGAAAGUAAUACUGGCAAUUGGUAGUUUCAUUAAUAUACAAGCACAUUCAUGCAUUGGUGGAAAAAGUGUUGGUGAGGAUAUUAGGCAACUAGAAUAUGGAGUUCAUGUGGUUUCUGGAACUCCUGGAAGAGUCUGUGACAUGAUCAAGAGGAGGACACUACGCACCAGGGCCAUUAAGUUAUUAAUUCUUGAUGAAUCUGAUGAAAUGUUGAGCAGAGGGUUCAAGGAUCAGAUUUAUGAUGUGUACCGAUAUCUUCCACCAGAACUUCAGGUUUGCUUGAUUUCUGCUACUCUUCCACAUGAAAUCCUUGAGAUGACAAGCAAGUUCAUGACUGAUCCUGUGAGAAUUCUCGUUAAACGUGAUGAAUUGACAUUGGAGGGCAUCAAACAAUUUUUUGUAGCUGUUGAAAGGGAAGAGUGGAAAUUUGAUACUCUAUGUGAUCUUUAUGACACCCUUACAAUUACACAAGCUGUUAUUUUCUGUAACACAAAACGAAAGGUGGACUGGCUCACUGAGAAGAUGCGUAGCAAUAACUUUACUGUCUCAGCAAUGCAUGGAGACAUGCCUCAAAAAGAAAGAGAUGCAAUUAUGGGAGAGUUUCGUGAUGGUACAACCCGUGUCUUGAUUACAACAGAUGUAUGGGCUCGUGGCCUUGAUGUUCAACAGGUUUCUUUGGUGAUCAAUUAUGACCUUCCCAACAAUCGAGAGCUCUACAUUCAUCGCAUUGGUCGUUCUGGUCGGUUUGGACGCAAGGGUGUUGCCAUAAACUUUGUUAAAAGCGAUGAUAUAAAGAUUUUGAGAGACAUCGAACAGUACUAUAGUACCCAGAUUGACGAAAUGCCGAUGAAUGUUGCUGAUCUAAUAUGAGACUUGCUUGGCAAUAUUGUGUGCUUGUGCGAGUGAAUUGGUUUUCUGGUGAUUUGGAUGAGUUUUCUGAAAGGCAAUCUUGUGCAGUUGCAACGGUUUAUUUUUUCAAUGUUAUGAUAGACGACGUACACUGCAGGAGUCAAACUGAGAAAAAAAAAAGAAAAGAAUCGUCAUUUUUCUUCUUAUUUUUCCUUUUGUACCCUUAUUGCUGACAAAUUAGAGUAGAUUAUCCUUGUUGAUAAGAUUUUGUGUUCCAUGGUAAUGUUGUAUUUAAUUUGAUUUUUGCAAAAAAAAAAAAACUUGAAAGCAUUAUAACAAGUUUGUGCUAUUAACUUUUU